AGCAGCUCACCUCUCUCCCUGUCUUCUCACUUUCCCCAAGCUCCACGAGGGCCUCUACUACCUACCACACCACACCCACACCAACACCGACAACCAGCCAUGAGCAAGAACUACUCCGCCUCCGCCCAGUCGGCCUCCUCCUACCGCAGGACCUUCGGCUCCGGCUACGGGGGCCUGGGAUCCUCCAUGUACUCCGGCUCUUCCGGCCGCGGUUCUUCCGGCGCCUCUCACUCGUCCUCCCGGGUCUACGAGAUGAGUCGCAGCUCCAACAUGGCACCCAUGUUCUCCUCCGGCCGCUCCUCGGGAGCCUCUUCCGGCUACGGCGGCGGCGCCAUGCGCUCCUACGCCGGCAUGGGCGAGAAGCUGGACUUCAACCUGGCCGACGCCAUGAACAAGGACUUCCUGGACACGCGCACCAACGAGAAGGCCGAGCUGCAGCACCUGAACGACCGCUUCGUCAACUACAUCGAGAAGGUGCGCUUCCUGGAGACGCAGAACUCCACGCUGAUGGUGGAGAUCGAGAAGCUGCGCGGCCGGGAGCCGACGCGCAUCGCCGAGAUGUACGAGGAGGAGAUGCGCGAGCUGCGCCGCCAGGUGGACGGGCUGACCAAUCAGAGGGCCCGCGUGGAGGUGGAGAGGGACAACCUGGCCGACGACCUGCAGAAGCUCAAACUCAGGCUACAGGAGGAGAUUCACCAGAAGGAGGAGGCUGAGAAUAACCUCUCCGCAUUCAGAAGUGAUGUGGAUGCUGCCACCCUGGCCAGGCUGGACCUGGAGAGACGCAUCGAGGGACUCCAGGAGGAGAUCGCCUUCCUCAAGAAGAUCCAUGAGGAGGAGAUCCGUGAGCUGCAGUCCCAGAUGCAGGAGACCUCCGUGCAGGUCCAGAUGGACAUGUCCAAACCCGACCUGUCCGCCGCCCUCAGGGACAUCCGCGGCCAGUACGAGGCCAUCGCCGCCAAUAACAUUUCAGAGGCUGAGAACUGGUACAAGUCCAAGGUCACUGACCUGAACCAGGCCGUCAACAAGAACAACGAUGCCCUGAGAGUGGCCAAGCAGGAGUCCAUGGAGUACCGCCACCAGAUCCAGUCCUACACCUGCGAGAUCGACUCUCUGAAGGGAACCAACGAGUCUCUGAUGAGGCAGAUGCGCGAGAUGGAGGACCGCAAUGGCCGCGAGUCCUCCGGCUUCCAGGACAGCAUUGCCCGCCUGGAGGGCGACAUCGCCAAGAUGAAGGACGAGAUGGCCCGCCACCUGCGUGAGUACCAGGACCUGCUCAACAUCAAGAUGGCCUUGGACAUUGAGAUCGCCACCUACAGGAAGCUCCUGGAGGGAGAGGAGAGCAGGGUCACUCUUCCAAUGCAGUCAUUUGCUGCUAUGGGCUUCAGAGAGACCAGCCUGGAGCAGCAGCACGGGCAGCAGCAGCAGCAGAAGCAGCAUGCCCGCUCAUCUGAGGUCCACUCCAAGAAGUCCGUUCUGAUCAAGACCAUUGAGACACGCGACGGCGAGGUCGUGAGUGAGUCUACACAGCACCAGCAGGACAUUAUGUAAGAGGCAGUGAGAGGAACCGCCGCCAAGCAAACCCAAGCAGAUAAUGGACGUUUCCAUUGACACACACAGGCCUUCAGUUUUAUUGAAAGGACAAGAAGAUUUCUUCUCUCUCUCUCUCUCUCUCUCUCUCUCUUUCUCUUUUCUUCUCUUUUUUUAAAUGCACAUGCUCUCUGAUUGGUUGACCACACCCCCCCCCCCUGCUUCUAAUACACCCAUGUGUGGAUCACUGAAGGAAAAAAAAGUGAGUGAGUGGUAAACGGAAGGAGAGACUUAGACAGAUUGAAUAAGGAGGAGGUGAACCCUGGACAUGCAUCACUGAAGGGAAACGGUUGAACAUAAGAGCGUUGAUUCUCCGAGGUGUUUGUGUAUGUGUGCAGUUACUUGUGUGUCUUUGCUUAGGAUGGGGGGGAGACACAGGGGAGGCGUCGGGGGGGAAGGUCGCCUGAAUGUGUAGCGUUUUCUGUCACGAUAACUUAACAGAAUAAACGUUUCAGUGUUCAUCACCGAUUCUUGAAUCAGAA